GAUGGUCAGGGCGAGGCGGCUGAUGUCGUGGUUCAGGUUGCCAACUCCGACGAUGAGGCAAUGUCACUGGCACUUCUUGAAGGCGUCGCCAAGCAUGCUGGGGCAGCCUACGUGCACGUCUCUGGGAUCGCCACUCUUAUCGACCAGAAUUUCCCGCUCGGCCAGUUGGACACCCGCGUUUACAGCGAUGCGACCCAAACAGCCGAGAUACUCAGCCUGUCGCACGGCCACCUCCACGCUGCAAUCGAGCAAAAGAUCGUGGAACAAUCGGAAGCACUGCAGACCAAACUCGCUAUUGUGUCGCUGCCGGUUAUGUAUGGGGAAGGCCGAGGACGCAUGACGCCGCAAUCCAAGGUUUUCCAGCCCUAUGUUCGUGCAGUCCUGUCGCAUGGGAAGCCAUUCGUUGUGGGCGACGGCCAGAAUAUUCGGUCCCACGCGCAUGUGUCGGAUGCUUCGUCGGCUCUGCUGCUGAUGGUCGACGAGGCACUGAAAGGCGAAUUGAGCAAAGGAAAAUGGGGGCGAGAUGGGUAUUACUUUGUUGAGACUGGCGAAUCAUCGUUCAUGGACGACGCGAAGGAGACAGCUGAGGUGUUACAAGCUCGAGGUUUGGUCAGGAGCAGCGAGAUCGAUAGCCUGAACAAAGAUACAGCA